UUGGUCUUGGAAUCUUCUUCAUGUAGGGAAGCAAUUUGGCAAGGAUGCCCGCCCUUGAGGCUAGAGGGGAGUUCUUGCUGCUUUAAUGUCGAUGGUCCUGUGAUACUCUUGGGGUUUGGUAGCUGCAACUUAUUUGACGUUUGUUAGUGUGUGGGUGGAACUUUCACCAAUUCCUAGUUGAUUGGAUUUAUUUCUGGUAUGUGCCUAGAACAUUCUGUACAGUCAAGCCCUCAAAGCUUGGGAGGAGUUAGCUUUAGUGACCCACUGGGUGCCCUUGAACUGUGGAGCAAGGCAAAACACUGUUCCAACCCACAAGCAAAAUUAGCCCUCUGGUUGUUUCAACCUUGACAAAUGUUUCCUCUUUAUUCUUAAGGCCUACCCUUAAUUUUCCAUUAGCCUGCAGGAGAGAGAGCUCUGCGUAAACAUUUUCCAGUGAAACAGAUGGGGAGAACAGUAACAAACUUGCCUUUGGCUUUGUGAGGAUCAAGCUACUGUGGGCCUCUGUAUUAAUUCAGUAAAAAUGUUGAAUUGCUGCCACUAGCUCAGGAUACAUGAGCAAAUACUUGGUGCUGAGUGGGCUGCUUGGCUUGUGGUGGGGCAAUGAUGUCUCUGAACUUUUGCGUACAGCUUAUUUAGCGCUGUGAGACUUAAAUGUUCAGCCAGCCUGUUCUAAUGCAGUCUGUUCUCAAAUCUAGGGCAGAACUUCAUUUCCUUCCCUCGCCACGAGGAAGAGCAUCUCCAGCGGACUGUGAGCUGGCACCCUUGCCUUCUGAUUCUUGGCCAGAACUGUAAUGCCAAAUGCCAGUUACUCAACAUGCUUCUAGGUGAGAAGCUGCUCCCUACCACCAAGAUCAGCAGUGAGGAGAAUUGUAAGAGGCGACGGAUCCGUUUUACACAUGGGGCACAAACGCAGAUUAGUCUAGCGCUGCCUGAGCAGUAUGAACUGGUCCAUAUGAUGGCAGCACACCGAGGGCAGUGGGACACAAUACCGGAGGAGGACUUAGAAAUUCAUGGGGACAGUGAAGAUCCCGCUCACCGAAUAGCAGAGCUGGAGGUCAUGCUGCCAUACUCGCUGCUAAAGGAAGUGGAUGUUGUGGUAGCACCAUGUCGUGGGUUCCAGUCUGCUGAAGUCACCUUGGGAGAGUAUGUGAACCAUGUCUUGCCUGUGGUCAUCUUUGUCAUCAGUGAGGCUGAACUUUCUCCAUCAGAUGAGAAUGAACUGCGCGAAAUUAAAGAGAAAUUCUCUUUGCCCGUUUUCUUCUUCAAAGUGCCAGAGUUAGGGGCUGAGCUGAUCUCUCCCAAAAAAACCGAUAAUGAAAAGUCCUCCCUUUACUGCCAGCUGAUGGACUUGGAGUAUCUGAGUACCAACCACUGCAGCUGCGGGGCUCCUGGUCCUGAUGCCAAUGCCCAAAGCAUGCUGGUGGAGCAGUUUGAGAAGCUCCGUCUCCUAAGCACUUUUUCCAGGCAGGUGCUUCAGAAGCAUCUUGUGGAAGCAGCCACCAGUUUAAACGAGGUGCACUGCCGCUGCUUGAACAUCUUCAUCAAUCAGGCUUUCGACAUGCAGCGAGACCUGCAAAUCACCCCCAAGAGGCUGGAGUAUACCCGCAAGAAGGAGAAUGAGCUCUAUGAGUCUCUGAUGAACAUUGCCAACCGUAAACAAGAGGAGAUGAAGGACAUGAUUGUAGAGACUCUUAAUAAUAUGAAAGAGGAGCUCUUGGAAGAUGCAGCUACUAUGGAAUUCAAAGACAUCAUAAUUCCUGAGAAUGGGGAACCUGUUAGUUCCAAGGACAUAAAGUGUUGUAUUAAGCAAAUCCAGGAACUGAUUAUUUCUCGAUUAAACCAAGCAGUUGCCAACAAGUUAAUUAGUUCAGUGGACUAUCUGCGAGAGAGCUUUGUAGGGACAUUGGAGAGAUGUCUGAAGAGCCUGGAGGAGUCUUGGGAUGUUUCAGUACAUACUGCAAGGAGUUUGGAGAAGUCAAAGGAUGCUUCUGUACACAUCACAAGCAAUUAUCUCAAACAGAUACUAAAUGCAGCCUAUCAUGUUGAAGUCACUUUUCACUCCGGCUCAACAGUAACCAGGAUGCUAUGGGAACAGAUCAAACAGAUCAUCCAGCGGAUUACAUGGGUCAGUCCACCUGCCAUCACUAGUGACUGGAAGAGGAAAGUUGCUCAGGAUGCUAUUGAGAGCCUCAGUGCAUCCAAGUUAGCCAAGAGCAUUUGCAGCCAAUUCCGGACCAGGCUAAACAGUUCCCAUGAGGCUUUUGCAGCUUCUCUACGACAGUUAGAAGAUGGCCAUUCUGGCAGGCUGGAGAAAACGGAAGACCUGUGGCUGAAGGUGCGGAAAGAUCACGCUCCUCGGCUAGCACGUCUCUCGCUAGAGAGCAGGUCCCUCCAGGAUGUGCUCUUACAUGGCAAACCAAAGCUGGGCCGUGAGCUGGGCCGAGGACAGUAUGGCGUGGUGUAUCUGUGUGACAGCUGGGGAGGGCAUUUCCCAUGUGCACUGAAAUCUGUUGUUCCUCCAGAUGAGAAACACUGGAAUGACCUUGCACUUGAGUUUCACUAUAUGAGGUCUUUACAGACGCAUGAGCGGCUAGUACAUCUCCAUGGUUCUGUAAUAGAUUAUGGCUAUGGAGGAGGUUCCAGCAUUGCUGUUCUAUUGAUAAUGGAACGGUUGCACAGAGACCUCUAUACAGGACUAAAGGCUGGGCUAGAAUUAGAAACACGAUUACAGAUUGCCUUGGAUGUGGUUGAAGGAAUCCGUUAUCUUCACAGUCAGGGACUUGUGCACCGGGAUAUCAAACUCAAAAAUGUCUUGCUUGACAAAAAGAAUCGAGGCAAAAUCACUGACUUGGGGUUCUGUAAACCGGAAGCCAUGAUGUCUGGCAGUAUUGUGGGCACACCCAUUCACAUGGCUCCUGAGCUCUUUACAGGGAAGUACGAUAACUCAGUGGAUGUUUAUGCAUUUGGUAUUCUGUUCUGGUACAUUUGUUCGGGACAUGUGAAGUUACCAGAAGCAUUUGAGAGAUGUGCAAGCAAAGACCACCUGUGGAACAAUGUUAGAAGAGGAGUUCGCCCAGAGCGUCUUCCUGUAUUUGAUGAGGAAUGCUGGCAGCUGAUGGAAGCUUGCUGGGAUGGAGACUCCUCCCAGCGCCCUCUCUUGGGGAUCGUUCAACCUAUGUUGCAGGGGAUCAUGGACAGGCUCUGCAAGUCAAGUUCUGAGCACCCAAAUAAAGGGUUGGAUGACUCUACCUGAAAAGAAAGCACAGAAUUUUUAAUUGUGGGAGAAUUCUGAACCUCUAACUCCGCAGAUGGCUUCUUCAGAUGUAGCUCUUUGUGGCUAACAUGAGUGGGACAGGUAGUAGCAACCCAAAGAUUGCUCAGAGGUGAGACCCCAGGGACGUUCCAUCUUGAAUAGUGGCCAGAGAAUCUCCCCUGGUAAUCCCCAUUGAUGCUAGUUACCCUGCUGCAGCUUUUAUUACAGAGUUGAGCAAAUAAGAUAGAAAAUCCAUGCCCUUGGACUGAAAGGGAUUUUUGCCAAUCCCACAUAAACUCCAAUCCAAGAAAAGCAUCUUGUGUUUCAGGUAGCAUCUGAGUUGCUAGGAGUUGAUCCUGACAGUCCUUACUCAGUGGUUGAAACAAAAGCUCUCUUCCCAUUAACUGAUGGUCCUAGGUGGCCUUCAGGCUAUACAUAGCCAUUCCAGUCACUUAUAGAUUGGCACCAGUCACAGUGCAGUGGGAAAGAGAAAGCAGGGGCCUUAGGCUAGAAGGGGUUAGAGGAUAGGAGUGUCUAUCUGUAUUAGCUUCUUGCAACACUCAAAAUGUUUACAUUGACAGGAGCAAAGCUUCCGUGUUUUACCUAAGGGGGGGAUUAUCCACUGUUCCACUGCAGUGAAAAUACCCCAGGUUAUAAGCUAUUUAGCUCUUAUGUACCCUUCACCUCUUACUUCUGUAAACAAGCUCUUUUCUGCUGAUUUUGUUCAUAAUAGCUACUAGAACGUCUGAACAAACCUGACCUAUACUACAGUGUUCUUGUAAGAUGGCAAGACUGCUCAGAGAUUACAUACUGUAAUACAGAAACAUAAAGUCAUUACCACUAAUGACUAUUCAUGGGGGAAAGCCAAUUCAUUUUAAUUAAACUUGGUUUUUGAAUUAGUUGUAAAGGCAAUGACAGUUUUAAAUUGUGCUAACUAUGGACAGACAUUUUUAAAAAUAAGGUUUCUUCAGCUUUUUUUUAAAAAGUCACAUGCUUGGUGAGAGCAUACUUGAGGGAAAACAGGUCAUUCAUUCUUCAGUAGCUGUGUAUUGUGGCUGUGUCUGUUCAUCUGAUUGCUUCACUCUGGGAUCUCUAUUUUGACUGCACUGAAAAAUAAAAAUGAGGGGGAGGUGAAUCCUUUGCAAGGAAGGCAUAGGGAUGGUUGGGAUGGUUCUGGUGCCCUUAUGAAGAGGGCUACUCCUCAAAAUACCUUUGCCCCUUGUCUCUUGCAUUUCUCGGGCAAGGUUGAUCUUAAUGUUAAAUACCAAUGGGGUGGAGGCUGAAAUAGAAAAUGCACCUUGAUUAAUACAUGAGGAAGUGCUGAGUUGGCAAGUUUUUCCCCUGGGUUUGCAGUUCCUCCCAGCUGUGGGGGAUGGGCAGGAAAGCUAGCAUGCUGUGUGCAAAACUGUGUGGGCAUGUGGAAUUACUGCACCUUGUUGCUGGAAUUUAUUGGCUGGUACACAGCAAAA